CUCCAAAUUCCAAUAUUGAUCCUCCCGAUUAGCUGACUAAUGAUUGCUACGUACAUCGCCCACCGUGGUUUAACAAGCAAUCUUAUUAACAAUAUAUUGAACUGUUCUUUCUUUUCCUUAAAUUUAAUGUAUGUGGUACAUACAUAUUACGGUGUGUCGCCUAAAAAAUUUUCUCAAAAUUUCCGACCAAUCGAUAAAGAUUUAGAGAUGGCUACAACAGAGUGUAUGAUUGCCAUUCAAAUAUCACACUCAAAUUUAUUUUUUCAUAAUCUGGCCGCGAAACUUUCAUCUCAAUUAAACUUAAGACUGUUUUGUUGACUCAAAAGAGAAGUUAGUAAAAAAAAAAUAUAUAUUUUUUUUCAAAACACCCUAGUAUACCUUAUUAUGUAUGCUUAUUUUCUAUUUUGUGUCACUUGUACAGGCUUCAAGGUUUGCUGCCGGAAAAUAUUCUUUCACGAAUACUUGCGCGUUCGAUAGCGCGACGAACGUAAUACUUGUCGCUGCGUUUGAUAGACCACAAGUGAGGAAAGCCGUGGAGGAUCUUAAGGACAAUAAUCCGAUCUUUAACUUGAUAGUAGACAUAAUGACUAAGGGUCUACGCGCUUACUCUUACCAACUGAGGGCACAAAUACUACUCGAUUUCCACGAAUCUGUCAGAAGGGUAAAAAAUUGUCACUUGGUCGACUGCGAGUCGAACGUCUGUCCAGUGUUAGCUAGGGCAUUCAUAAACACGCCAAGCCUUCGUGAGAUAUCGCCGUGCGCCAAAGGAUGUAAAUCCGUAGAUAAAUCGCUACGAACGAUCAGCGUUAAUCGAGACCAUCUGAUGCGGCAUCAAGAUUUUGAUAACGUACUGCAUAACAUUUUGAGUAGUCGUGGUAGAGGCUAUUGUGUGAAGUGUCGAGCACCCACGGACCACGUUAUCACCGCUACGGGUCUUUUCAUGAUCAUGGAAACGGAUGAUGUUGGAGUUUUAAUGUUGGAUCAAAUCCCGAAGAGUUGCUGUGAUCCGUUAAGCAAUGGAAAGUCUCGUUACAGACUUAUCGGUAUAAUAGAUUUUACGCCUCCAAGGACAGCAACCCGAUCUGUGGUCGAUAAUAACCCAGAGCUAGGGCACUAUACGACAAUUUCGUUGAGGCCACCGAGCUCGUAUUUCAAAUUCGACGACACGAGAGCCAAUUCUGCGCCCGUAAGGUUAACUGGUAAUCAUCAAGCCAGACCUCACGCGCUUGUUUGGUUUAAAUUCGACGAGUGA